GCCACGAUCCCGCCCACCCAUGGGAACCACGGAGACGGAAGUGGCCGCCUUUCUCUGACCGGGUUCUUAGUUCGGAGUGGGAGGCAGAGCGUUCAGAUCCAUAGUUCCUCCGGACGCCUCCGAACAAAGGCAGGACUCUGAGCGCAGGGAUUCCCACGUCCUGGGCCUGCAGCCCGGGCUGGGUCACGAACUCGGAGUGGGGCGGAGCUGGCUUGGGAGGAUGCAAGCCCUUGAGGGCUCCAUGGAUACCAAGUCUACCAUGCCCCCCAAAUCUGAUGUGUUGAGUCAAGAUGAGCUACGCAAAAAGCUGUACCAGACGUUUAAGGAUCGGGGUAUACUGGACACGCUCAAGACUCAGCUGAGGAACCAGCUAAUUCAUGAAUUGAUGCACCCAGUAUUGAGUGGAGAAGUGCGGCCCCAGUCCAUUGCAGUGGAAGGGAGUGCCCUCUUAAUAGGUGCUUCGAACUCUCUGGUGGCAGAUCAUUUACAAAGAUGUGGCUAUGAGUAUUGCCUUUCUGUGUUCUUUCCAGAAAGUGGCUUGACAAAAGAAAAGGUAUUUACUGUGCAAGAUCUGUUACAACUCAUUAAAAUCAACCCUGAAUCCAGCCUCUACAAAUCAUUGAUUUCAGGAUUUGGUAGAGAAAACCAAAAAGGUUUCCUCAUGGAGUUUCUAAAAGAAAUAGCAGCCUAUCAUCAGGCCAAAGAGAUCUAUGAUGUGGGCACUCAGACAAGUCCAGCACUGCCUAGCAAAGACUCCCUUGCUCAGAAGCUUCAGCUUAUUGAUCAUCAGUUUGCAGAUGUUCACUCUCAGUGUCCAAAGUUAGAAUCUUUAGAAGCGAAAUUAAAUGAAUAUAAGAGAGAAAUAGAACAGCAGCUUCAGAUAGAAAUGUGUCAAAAGUUGAAGGUUUUAAAAAAUACUGAAAUUGCAAAACUUAUAAUGGAAGAGAAAAGAAAGUCUGAGAAAGAAUUAGCUGAGUUCCGGAACGAAUUUGAGAGAGCUCGUCAAGCAAAAUCCGAAGCACUUAUUUCUCAGGAAAAGAUGACCCUUGAGAGAAUUCAAAAGUACCAGGAGAUUGAAACGAAAGAAAUUUAUGCUCAAAGGCAGCUUCUGCUAAAAGAUAUAGACUUGCUAAGGGGCAGAGAAGCAGAGCUGAAGCAAAGAAUUGAAGCUUUUGAAUUGGCCCAGAGGCUACAAGAAGAAAAAAAUAAAAGUGUGGCUGAUGCUCUUAGGGCACGGGAGCUGGAUAUAAAGAAGAUUGAGGAGACCUAUGACCAGAAGCUCAAGAAUGAAAUUCUAAAGUAUCAACUGGAACUAAAGAACAGCUACAUCGCUAGAACUAACAGACUGAUGGAAGAAGAAAGGAAGAAUAAAGAAAAAGCUAUACAUUUGCAAGAGGAACUCACAGCUGUUAAUUCAAAAAAGGAAAAACUCAAUCAUUAUGUAAAUCGUGUGAAAGAACUUGAGAUUGAGCUAGAGUCUGUCAAAGCCCAGUCUCUGGUGAUAACAAAGCAAAACCACCUGCUGAAUGAAAAGAUGAAAGAAAUGAGUGACUAUCCACUGCUGAAAGAAGGGAAACUGGAGCUUCAGGCGCAAAUUAAAUUACUUAAACAACAACUGGAAGAGAGUAGAAAUGAAAACUUGAAUCUCCUAAACCGAAUGGCUCAGCCAUCUCCUGAGCUGGUAAUUUUUCAGAAAGAAUUAAAGAAAGCAGAAAAUGCUAUCGCAUUGGAGCAUAAGGAGUUUGAAGCCCACAAGCAAGCUCUGCACAAACAGCUGCAAAAGGAAAUUGAGCAUUCUGCACAGCUGAAGGCCCAGAUAUUAGAGUACGAUGGCUCUGUGAAGAGGCUAACUGUGCAGGUGGCCGAUUUAAAAUUGCAACUGAAACAAACUCAGACAGCCCUAGAGAAUGAAGUGUACCGCAAGCCAAAGCAGUCGCUGAUGCAUCGUUCUGUCAGCGGUUUCGGGGUGCCCUCCGAUGGUGACAGAAGCGGGAAUUUCUUGAAAAAUCCUCUGGAACAGGAAAUGCUGAUGGCAGGCACAGUUACCCCUGUGGUCGCACGUUAUCCAGAGGCGAGCAUGGACGGCGGCUCCCCCGAUUCAGACCUUGAGUUUGUAGCCAGCACCAAGGCAAGAAUGAAGGAGCUGGAGCAAGAGGCCGAGCGCCUGGAGAAAGCUUUCCAAGAUUACCAUCGAAGAGUGAGUCAGUACCCUGCCGCUAAGCGCCCAGUGGCAGCCAAGAGCCGAUCAGCCCUGCACUUGCCUGGAACUCUCAAGAGCAUUAGUUCAAGUACCUCCGAAAGGCGUAUUUUUGCAGAGGAUGGUGCCAUGUCCCAGCAUCCUCUGGUGGGCGACACAACAGAAACGCUGACGGGCAGCGCGGCCUCACGGCCCUGCAGAGGCACUGGCAGACGCCUCUCUUCCAUUCCCCUUGCCAAAGCUAAACGAAGCCUUGAUGGCAAAAUGCAUCUGGAAGGCCUGGGCCGGUCCGCUGUUGCCCCUAGUCCUUGUCCUGACAGAACGCCCCAGCUUUCACCCGCCGAGUCUAGGCACAGCCCUUCUGUCCACUCGCUCCCCAGGUCUUUGGAGCACAAGGCCAGCCUUUAUGAAAGACAAAGUGAACUUCAAGACAAAACUGAAUCUUCAGAUCCAGACAAGCUACCUUUUAAGGAUAAUGAGGAAUUUGAAUCAUCUUUUGAAUUUGCAGGGGACAUGCCAAAGCAGUCUGAAGCGGAUGGCCUCCGUACUGCUGGCGACAUGCCCCAUUUGGACGCAGCUCCUGCCAGAGCUGUCUCCUGUCACUACCCAAGUGUAGAUCAGAAACAACCUGAACAGAGAGAAGACGAAAGCAUAUGGGAGCAGCAAGUGAAAGAGCCAAGGCAGAAAGAAGACAGAAGGCAGAGUGAACAAGAAGCUUUAGGAAGGGAACGAAGAGAGCUGGAAAAACUGGAUCAAGAAACGCGGAUUAUUGAAGAGUCAUUGAAGAUUGAAAUGGAAAAGCAAUUAGAAAUAAGUAGUCAAGAAACGAAAGACAAAUCUGUUUGUGCUGGAAAUCCUUUAGAGAAAUACAUGAAAAUCAUCCAGGAGGACCAGGACCAGGAGGCGGCAGAUAAGAGCCCAACGAAUGUCAGAGAAGGUUCACAAGUGGACACGCUGCCAUCUAGUGACAAAGACAAAAGUUUCAUAGGCUUUUCUCCUGAAGAAUCAGAUGACUUUUGGUAACCAUGUGUGCCGCGCUGUUUCUUACUCAUAUAACUAAAGGCCCGUGAGUUGUCUGUAAUAAGAGAAAAUUCUCAAUAAAAAUUGUAUGUGUAA